AUGAGCUGGUCUUCGAGGUCUAUAAAUCACAAACUUAAUGAUUUGUUAAGCAAGAGUGAGUAUAAUAAUUAG